AUGUCUGUCAAGAGGGUCCUGGUAAUUGCAGGCUCAGACAGUUCGGGCGGAGCUGGCCUUGAGGCCGAUCAAAGGGUCCUUGCAGCCCACGGGUGCUAUGCUCUCACUGCCACAACCGGUUUGACGGCACAAAACACGCUAGGCGUGCAGGACAUCUUCGUCGUGCCCUCGGAGUUUGUAAGGAAGCAGAUCAAUGCUGGACUUGAGGAUGUGGGUGCCGAUGUAGUGAAAUUGGGCAUGCUUUCCUCUGCUGAGACCAUUGAUGUCAUUGCCGAAACAUUACAAGUUCAUAAAGUUCCUGCUAUCGUUUUGGAUCCGGUCAUGGUAUCAACCAGUGGAUCUCAGUUGCUACCAACAAAAGCUAUCAAGGAAUUACGGACAAAGUUACUGCCUUUGACCACGAUUCUGACACCAAACAUUCCUGAGGCUCUUCUCUUGUUGAAAGAUGCUGGAAGAGAGAUCUCUGAGCCGAUAAAUCUGGCGGAGAUGAUAGAGCUCGCCAAGAAGAUUUGUUCAUUGGGCCCCAAGGCGGUUCUCCUCAAGGGUGGUCAUCUUCCUUUGACUAAAGAACACAAGACACCUCAAGAUCCGAAAGAAGCGACUUUGGUUGUGGAUAUCCUCUUUGAUGGAACCACGGUGACCUUGUUUGAGACAGAGUUUGUGAUAUCUAAUAACACCCAUGGCACGGGCUGCUCACUUGCUUCGGCAAUUGCUGCAAACCUGGCUUUGGGCAAAGAUAUUAUCAGAGCGGUCCGUGGUGCAGUGCGAUUCGUUGAGGUAGGAAUCAAGACAAGCAUUGACCUGGGUAAAGGAAGUGGACCCAUCAAUCAUUUCCACUCAACCUACACUAUGCCCUUUGCGCCCGGCCGAUUUCUCGAGUACCUCCUAGACCGUCCAGAUGUGCAACGGGUAUGGCAAAAGUUCACUUAUCAUGAGUUUGUCGAGGGCUUGGGCCAGGGUACCCUGCCUGUUGAGCGGUUCAAGGCGUAUCUUGUGCAAGAUUAUCUAUACCUGUCGGCCCAGGUUGUCCUCCAUAUCCAGCGGGAAAUGGAGUUGCACCUUGAUUACUGUACCGCAUUUGGCCUCACAAAGCAGGAGAUGGAAAAUACACCUGAGACCAUCGCCUGCACCGCAUACAGCCGAUACAUUUUGGACGUUGGCCAAUCAGAGGACUGGUUAGCCCUCCAGAUGGCCCUCGCACCAUGCUUGAUCGGGUAUGGCGCAAUUGCCAGACGCCUACACACAGGAGAAGGAACACUCCGAGAGGGAAACAAUUACUGGAAAUGGAUCGAAAAUUAUGUUGCUGAUGAUUACACCGACGCUGUACGACUAGGAUCAGCAUUGCUGGAGGAUCAUGUGCAACAUGUGUCACCAAGCCGUAUGGAAGAACUCAUCGAAAUCUUUAUCCGGGCCACGGAAUUGGAGAUUCGCUUCUGGGAUAUGGGCUUGGGAGACAAGGAGUAG